AUGCAGGAAGCAUGCUGCAUGUAUGGCGAAAUCGGCGAAGAGAUGAAUACGGAAGAGAAAUUCAGAGAAGCAGAUUGGCCGGGAGGCCAUUUUGAUCCUCUUUCUGGUCGACUUAUCGGGAUAAAAACGCACGCUAAACAUCAUCUCGAAUUAGCAUCAUCUAUCAUCUUCAUUAUUCGAAAUCCGUACGACACCUUCAAAUCCGAAUUCAACCGAAAACGAGGUCACGUCCUUCCUGGUGAAAAUGCUCACACAAAAGUCGUCGAUCCUCGAAUGUUCGCUGGUGAUGCAUGGAGACGAAACGUAGCGAAAUUCAGUUCCCAAUGGAAUGGCUUUUAUGAGACUCUAAUCAAAGAAGCAAAAGAGGCAGAAAAGAAUUACUACUUGUUGUUCUAUGAAAACUUGAAAAUCGAUCUCGUCGGGGAAGCACGAAAAAUCUACGAUUUCUUGCAAAAAGACGCACUCAAAAGUGGAGAAGUUUUUACCGUUGAAAACAUAGAAGACAGAUUAAAGUGCAUCGGAGAGGAGGAUUUUUCAAAGUUCAAAAGGAAGCAUCAGGAGCUGUCUUUUGAACUCUAUACUGACGAUGAAAAGCUUAAAAUCAACCAAAAAAUCAACAACAUCACUGAAUUCUUCCGCGAAAACAAUAUUGACUAUCCAAAAGACAUCGUUUCUCGCUGGUUACAGUAG